GUACUUCCUAUAAUGGAGAUGGAGCGCGUGACCGAGUUUCCUCAUACGCACAUGGAUAGGCGACCCCCGAACAGAGCGCAUAUGGGCUGGGACGUUUUUCCUUAGCUCCCAAAGAAUCCUCGUGAUUGUGACUUUUUUCAUUGGGUUGAUCCCGAAAUGUGCAAAUAUGGAUUAAAUUUAAGAGUAAUGAAUCGGCUGAAGGAGAAAGAAGAGGGAAUGAAGGUUGAAGAAAUAAUGGAUAAAGAACUGAAAAAAUGCAAGAUGAACAUGGAGAGUCAAUCUGCUUAAUUUCGGCUGCAGUUAGAGCCCCUACCAAAACAGGGAGAAGAUGUACCAAACAAAGACUUGUCACCAAGUAAUGGCAAAAAACACACAGAAUCCCCAGUCGGAAAUUUCGCCGAACGAAUUAUUAGCUCCAUAAGACAUAAAACUUACGGGUCAUGGUACUUUGCAUGUCUGCCACGUGACAGACAUAUGAAUUUAUACUUGUCAAAUUGCCACCAGUUUCCCGUUAUGUAUUGAGCACGCGAAGUGGCACCUGGAACCGCUGUGAAAACCAAGGCAACCCUUGCCCAAUUCAAAAAAACUGAAAGAAAACCAUCUAUAACUACAACUCCCCAUCGAUCUAUUUUUCCUUCCUUCUCCAGUCCCUUCUCAUCUUCUUCGGCAAAGCUCUCUUUCUAUCUUUUUCACUGAUAUCACCAUGGCCUCUCUCAAACUUGGCUUCUUCCUCUUUGUGCUCGUACACGGCUUUGUUUUGCUUUCUCACCCAGUGCACUGUGAUGAGGAGGAAGACAAUCUUCUUCAGGGCAUCAACAGUUUCCGGCACUCGGCGAAUCUUCUGGCCCUGUCAAAGAAUGGCAAGGCAGACUGCCUUGCCGACGAAAUCGCUGACGAAUUAGAGGACGAGCCUUGCUCGAGCACCACCAACGGGGCCAGCAUUGUUCCAAGCACCACCACCAUAAUUCCCGACCUCCCGAAGCACUUAAAGAAGUGCAAAAUCAACGUCAACAGCACGGCAGAAGGGAUCAUACUGCCUGUUUGCGUGCCCAAGUUGAUUCCAACUCUGGUGCUUACAAACUACACACACUCCCCAUAUGCAAAGUAUCUGAAUAGUUCGAAGUACACUGGAGUUGGGGUGGGUUCUGAGGAUGAUUGGAUGGUGGUGGUUUUGAGCACAGACACUGUGGGUGGAAGUUUUGCUGGUGCUGUCUCUUUGGUUUCGAAUGUCGGUUUGGGUCAUUGCCUAGUGUCUUUGUGGUUGUUUUUCGUUUUGGUGGGCUAAAUUGCUCGUUAACUUGUCUCCCUCACAUGCCUUGCAUGGUAUAUGUUCAUGUAGUUUCUGGUUGUGUAAAUUUGUUAAACAUCUGAUGAUCGUAAUGGGUACUAUUUUUCUUAUGAGACGUUCA